AUGGUUCUUGUCCUCGUCGUGGUGUGGUGGUGUGGUUCUUGUCCUCGUCGUGGUCGUGGUGGUGAUAAUGGUUCUUGUUCGUGGUGGUGUCCUCGUCGUGGUCGUGGUGGUGUUUUUGGUUCUUGUCCUCGUCGUGGUGGUGUUUGUGGUUCUUGUCGUCGUGGUGGUGUUUGUGGUUCUUGUCCUCGUCGUGGUCGUGGUGGUGUUUGUGGUUCUUGUCCUCGUCGUGGUGGUGUUUGUGGUUCUUGUCCUCGUCGUGGUCGUGGUGGUGUUUGUGGUAGUGGUGGUGGUGGUGGUGGUAGUGGUUUGGUGUAA